CCGACAACAGAUUCCAUUUUCACACCGAGGUUUUGUCCCGCGAUCUGUCAUCGGUUGUACGAGAUCGCUUCCAUCCGUGCGUGCUUCCGGGAAGAACCUUCGGAGAGCGUUUUCGCGAGCAGGCCGAGUUCGAGGUCUAAUUUACGUUCCAGUGAGCCAGUGUGAUAUGUGAACGCUCCAUGACAUUCGACGCGAUUCUGACACAUCAUGUUCGGAAAAUGUGCGCGUUCAUAGUCCCCGUGAUUUGAGCCGCUCGGCCAGGACGAAUGAGAGAGCACACAUAUAGCAAUACUGGAUCUCGGGUGUGAUAUUGAAAAGAGAGUCUCGCUCCAACACUGGAUAUACGUGCGAUGAUGAAGCAAGGGCCGCAUCACACUGAAUUUUGUUGACCUUAGCUUAAACUGGUCUCGAGCUUCUCGUUCGAGCUCCGCACUGGGUCCGGAGCGAAGCUCCUCCGAAUGUGAAUCGUAGAGAAAUGGUCACAGGGAGAUGAAGGAGAGCAAUAGACGGCAGUUCGUCGGUGACGACAAGCCCGUUCCCCUCGUUGUUUAAGUAUUCUCGCUGCCCGUUAUCCGAUUCAGUCGGCUUCGCAAGUGGCGCUGGUCCACGGCAGACAAUACGACAAGAAAUGAUUUGAGGGAUGAUUGUUGAUGUUGUAUCAGACGGUGAAAGCAAUCAGAUGAAGGCUCGAAAAGGAGGAUACGAGAGCUUUAUGGUUUCAGGGGUCGGGAAAGCUUCCGUCUACCAUGCCGUGAUUGUCAUUUUCCUCGAGUUUUUCUCCUGGGGCCUCCUCACUACUCCGAUGAUCAAUGUGCUGAAGGAAACUUUUCGGGACCAUACAUUCCUCAUGAAUGGACUCAUUGUCGGCAUCAAAGGACUACUUUCAUUCUUGAGCGCACCAUUGAUCGGUGCCCUCAGCGACAGUCUCGGCAGAAAGUUUUUUCUGCUGAUAACCGUUGCUUUCACCUGCGCGCCGAUCCCUCUGAUGACGAUAAAUCCUCGGUGGUACUUCGCGAUGAUCUCCUUGUCUGGCAUGUUCGCUGUUACAUUCUCCGUUGUCUUCGCAUAUGUAGCUGAUGUUACGACAGAAGAGGAAAGAUCCUCAGCCUAUGGCCUGGUUUCGGCAACGUUCGCCGCAUCCCUCGUGUCAUCGCCGGCCUUGGGAGCCUAUCUAUCUCGAAUUUAUUCAGACAAUUUCGUGGUGAUCUUGGCGACCGCUGUCGCUCUCAUCGAUGUCGUCUUCAUAUUAUUUUGUGUACCUGAGUCUAUGCCGGAGGCCAUGAGAGCGAAGAUCUCGUGGACCACAACCUUGUCUUGGGAAAAAGCCGAUCCGUUCAAUUCUUUGCGGAGGGUCGGCAAGGAUCAGAUGAUACUGCUGCUCUGUGUGGCCGUGUUGCUCUCAUAUUUACCGGAAUCCGGUCAAUAUUCCUGUUUCUUCGUCUACCUGCAACUCGUGAUUGGAUUUAGUCCGGAGGAAGUUGCUUUGUACAUUGCAGUUGUUGGUUUGCUAUCAGUGGUAGCCCAAACAUUAGUUCUGGCGGUUAUGAUGAAAGUUGUCGGAGACAAACGGACCAUCAUGGUGGGGCUGUUUUUCGAGAUGCUGCAGCUCCUAUGGUAUGGUUUCGGAUCCGAAAGAUGGAUGAUUUGGUCGGCGGGAGGUUUGGCAUCCAUUUGCUCUAUCACCUACCCAGCUAUAUCGUCAUUCGUGUCGACCCACGCGGAUCCGCACAAACAAGGUCUCGUCCAAGGAAUGAUUACAGGGAUGAGGGGAUUGUGCACCGGUCUCGGCCCUGCCGUCUUCGGCUUCAUAUUCUACUUGUUCCACGUCAAUUUGAAUGGUACGACGUCUGCGGACUUCUCUGAGAACUCUUCGCUUUUCGUCAAUGUUUCUGCCUCCAUACCCGAAAAAUCCGCAGCGAAUCCCACCAUUAAGGUCGUCCCCGGUCCGCCCUUCCUUUUCGGAGCCUUGAUGGUUCUCGGAGCUCUGGUUGUUGCGAUGUUCAUACCGGAGAACUCCCCGCGUAAUUGUCAAUCACUGCAAGACGUGGCCGGACCCUCGGCUUUCGGUUCCGAACGGCACUUCAAGGAUUCACAUUCGAGGAGGAGUUCUCACGCGCGAACUCUCUCCACGAGCUCGCAGCACCACAGAACUGAGUCAUUGUGCUCGGAUGAAGUUAUAACUUGCGUGACGUCAACCAAGCACCGACGUCAGUCUUCGUAUGGCGGGGGUGACCCGAGCGUGGUCAAGUUUCCCCUAAUGGCCCAUACGGAUCCCCUUUAGGUGGUUCGUCUCUUGUACUAGGUGUUGGAAAGCGUGAGAAAGCUUGUGUUCGGUAGAGUUUUCCCGGGAAGCCCGGAGGCAUGGACGGAACGAGAGCAUGAGCCUCGCGAAGACUUUGUCCUGUCCGCGCUGGGUUUUGAAUGUCAUCAUAUUUUUAGGAAGUCUGACGAGAUGCCUCCGUUGAACGGAUUGUGGAGCCCGAAUCUCAACUCCUAGAACUGGUGAAAAAAUUGUGAACGUAUCCGGCGUACAUAAUGCGAUGAGCCGGGUCCCGCGAGAGAAUCGUCCGAGGGGAAUUAUUCAACUAUGAACAUUGUCAAGGGUCGUUUCCCGGUGUGAGUCUGAUUCCCCCGACCUCGGUCUGAUUUCAACAUCUGACGCAUAAAAGACGCUUAUGCGCUCUUCAAGGAGGUGCCCCUAGACCCAGAUGCAUGCUCGGCAGUAAAGGGCAUCUGUACCUCUGUGCGCGGAGACUCCGGUUCACGAAGGAAAAUAUGAGUGUAAAUCGAGUCGAGUCAUACCAGAUGAAUAGUGAGACUUGAUGCGUUCAGAAUUUACCUAUUUUUUUCUAUAGCGUCGCGCUCAGUCACCCCUGAAGCAUUUUCCGUACUCGAAGGAAGGAAUUCGAUAGCAGUACAUUCGCAUUUCUGGUGCAACAGUUACUGCGGCUCAUGAGGUCGCAUCUCUCCAGUCUAUCCCCGGAACGUUCGCGAUUCUAUAAAAUUUUAUAUAGAACCAUGCGUCGAUUCUCCUGCCGUGUUAGUCGGUGAACGCUCUCGGUCGCUCACCAUGUUCCCCGGGUGGAAGAUUACACACAGGCUAGCGGCUUCUUGGAAUUCGUCCCGACAUAUUUUUGAUAACACAAUGUAAUAUGUAUAAACGGCACUCGAAGUUUUUCUGGACGUCAACGCCGAGUGAUGCCGUCGUUCCAGCUGCGCGUGAGUCCCAAAAAUCCAUGGGUGCGACUACGCCGGGAGCAUUUAAAGUACGUUGGAGGUGGCGCCCUCAUUUUCCCACAUGAGUUUCAAGAACGACAUCCACGAGGGCUGUCGAUGCGAGUUACGGGAGUCUUAUUGUUGCCCUCAGAGAUUCCGCUCCGAAAGAGAAACGACACGGAAAUAGUUCGCAGCUACGCAGAGACCGUUCACCAACCGGCCGAUCAUGCUUCGCUGUAUUCCAGUGAUUGGAGGUAUGGAAAGCUGGAGAUACUAGGUCGGUUAUAAAAUUGCGAGAAUUCGAGUAAUAAACUUAUGUUUCUAGUAAAA